GCAAUUCCUGAAGCAAGUUCAAUUUAUAUCACUUCAUUUGUAAUCGAUAUUUCUAACUAAGGAAAUGGAUGAUUCGGAAGAUAAUCAUAAGUAUGUGUCACAGCUGAAGGAAGUUUUUGACAGCUGUGAUUCUACUGGAAGUGGUUCUUUGAAUGAAGAUGAAUUGAAAGCAUUAUGCGAAAAACUGCAUUUGACAGAACAUGCCAACAUAUUAGCUCAUCAUCUUUUUGCAAUUGAUUCUGAGGUCAAAUUUGAUGAUUUCAAAGAAUGUUUCGUUGCUAUUUUAACUCAAGGCAUUUCAAGUGAAAUAUCUAAUGAAGCCUCUGAGGAUACAGCAGAUCGAGAAGUAUCUCCAAAAUUCACUUUGGGACGAAAAAAAUAUGGACGGCGGUCCAGACCUGCUUCUAUUGCAGAUGAUGAUGGUGAUGAUGAGUCAGGUACAUCUGCAGCUGCUCUAAGUCCUCAAAGCUCUACAGAAGUUUCAUCUGCAGAUGUAGCUACAAAAGUUUCUGCCUCUGCAGAAAAUGUAGCUGGAAAAAGACCUAUGAGUCCAAGUCAUACUCAACAACCUCCCACGAAAUCUGGCCGCAUGACUGCCGAGUUUCGAACUGAUAGCGACGGAAGUCAUGAAGAAGUCAAUGUUUCUCAGCGAUCAUUUGAGUCGGAUGGGGAAAUGAGUCAAUCAUUUGACAGCAAUCCAGUCCAGUACUUGCAAGAUACCUGGAAAAAACUGGGCAUUGGUCAGAGUGGGUACUUGAAUGUCGAAGAGCUGGCUUUGGUGUGUGAGCAUAUUGGAAUGGAUAUGACUGAGGAGGUUGUUGCUCAACUCUUUGAGAAACUAGAUUGCGAUCAAGAUGGUCAAAUUAGUUUCGAUGAAUUUCUCCAAGGCUUAUUUCAACAUGGAGAUCCCCAAAACUGUGAUUCACCAGUGCUAAAGUCAGAACAGUCAAAAUCUGUUUACAAUGAGGGAUCUCGUGAAGAUCAUCAAAUUUCAAGUACUUCAAUAUCGGGGAUAUUUUCAUGCAUUGAUGUGAAUAAUACAGGGUACGCCGAUGCCUCUGCCAUCCUGGAACUUUGGGAAUCCCUGGAGCUGUCCUGUUCGCUCCAACUGCUGGAGGAGCUUGGAUUCAAUACGAAUUUAAAAAUAAACUUGUCUGAUCUGACUUCUGUACUGGAGGAAUUAUUGCUCAAUAUAGUAAAUAGACCAAUUCUACAAUUAGCUUUUAUGACGUAUCAAAACGAACUGCAAUUUUUGAGGUAA